AUGGCCGGCCGCAAACGUCUACCAGGUGCGGUCUAUGAAGGCGACAUCGUCGUCAUCAAGAUUGACGAUCGCGGGCACGUGCAUUCGGAUGGCUUUGUGGACGAGCGCCUUGGCUGCAUUAGCGACGUGGCAGGCGGGAAGCUCGACGGGUGCCUCUUCCGCAUCACGCCGCCGCUGCAAUACGAAGCCCGGAAACGACUGGCAAAGGCACCGAGCACCAUCGGCGAAGGAGCUGAGAUAAUGGAGCCCCUCGAACAGCAAGCCGCUGUAGAAGCGUUCGGCAACGCCGCCAAGCUCCGAGAGUCCACUACCCGCGGCCAGCUUGUGCACUUUGGUCAACCACUCCAGCUGCCGCACGUCCUGUCUGGCAAAUUCAUCUCGACCGUCUCCAAGACCACCAAGUCGAUUGGCGACACCUGUCGGCUAUAA